AUGCCUCGUGCUCCAAGAACUUACUCCAAGACUUACUCCGUCCCAAAGCAACCUUAUGAAUCUGCUCGUUUAGAUGCUGAAUUAAAGCUUGCUGGUGAAUUCGGUUUAAAGAACAAGAGAGAAAUCUACAGAAUUAACUUCCAAUUAUCCAAGAUUAGAAGAGCUGCUCGUGACCUUUUAACCAGAGACGAAAAGGAUCCAAAGAGAUUAUUCGAAGGUAAUGCUUUGAUCAGAAGAUUGGUCAGAGUUGGUGUCUUAUCUGAAGACAAGAUGAAGUUAGAUUAUGUUUUGGCUUUAUCUCCAGAAGAUUUCUUGGAAAGAAGAUUACAAACUCAAGUCUUCAAGUUAGGUUUAGCUAGAUCUAUCCACCACGCUAGAGUUUUAAUCACCCAAAGACACAUUGCUGUUGGUAAGCAAAUUGUCAACAUUCCAUCUUUCAUGGUUAGAUUAGACUCCCAAAAGCACAUUGAUUUCGCUCCAAACUCCCCAUACGGAGGUGGAAGAGCCGGAAGAGUUAAGAGAAAGAACCAAGCUAAGAACUCUGAAGGUGCUGAAGACGAAGAAUAA